GCCCUGCGCGCUCGGACGGGACGCGGGGCACUGGCUCUGGCGCGGAGGCGGCAGGGAUGCUCCGAGACCGGCGGGUGCUGGGACUUGGCGCUGGCGGGCGACCGGUGCGUGAUCGUACUGAGCGCUCGCUGGGUGUUAAGACACGGUGCGAGGCUCUGCAUGGGUAUUUUCCAGUCCUCCCAGAAUCCCAGGAGGUAAGAGCUAUCGUAUUAUGCACAUUUUCCAGGCGGGGAAACCAGGGCAUCGAAGUUAACCACUGUAUCUGAAGUCCCGCCGGUACUAAGACGGGGGGACUUGAACUUGGGAUGUUUGACUUCAGAGUUGCCCUCCUGCCUCUGCGAGUUUCAGAGCCCACAGUUGGCUCCCCUUCGUCCGUAGUCUGGCACCUCCGGUUUUUUUCCUCUUUUUUUAAACUUCUCGACCUUGGAUAGACACUAGAGGGAGGGAGGAGCGAAGUGUGGACUUUCCGUGGGCACAAGACGCUUUCUCUCCCCCUCCUCUCGUUGCUGGCGCCAUCGCGUCUUCAUUUUCUCUGGCAGCACCGGGCUCCCGCUGCUGUGACUCCGUGGAACCGAGAGCUGAGUUUUAGUUUAUACAACCGGAGAGCUUUCGUGCCACGUGCAUUGCCUUACUACCCUCUUCCUCUCGCCUGUUGCGUUCUAUCGUUAACUUACGUCAAUUGUCAAGGACACAUGUGGUAGUUAUGCUAGGACACGUUAUUGCAACAAGCCCGUGUGGCGAUGGUGAAGGAGUGGGCAUGACCUCGAAGGAACGCUGUGAAGCUGGAAUUGACCUUCCAGAGUUUUAAAGGAAUAAUUUAAGGCCAGCACAUGAUUUAGGAGUCACGCUUUAUGUCAUGGAUGAAUCUGCACUGACCCUUGGCACGCUAGAUGUUUCUUAUCUGCCAAAUUCAGCAGAAUACAGCGUUGGCCAAUGCAAGCAUGCAAGUGAGGAAUGGGAUGAAUGUGGUUUCAGACCUACUCUCUUCAGAUCUGCAACCUUGAAAUGGAAAGAAAGCCUAAUGAGCCGGAAGAGGCCGUUUGUGGGGAGAUGUUGUUAUUCCUGUACUCCCCAGAGCUGGGAUAAGUUUUUCAACCCCAGUAUCCCGUCUCUGGGUUUGCGGAAUGUUAUUUAUAUCAAUGAAACGCACACAAGGCACCGAGGAUGGCUUGCAAGGCGUCUUUCGUACAUGCUUUUUGUUCAAGAGCGAGACGUCCAUAAAGGCAUGUUUGCCACCAACGUGACAGAAAACGUACUGAACAGCAGUCGGGUGCAAGAUGCCAUUGCCCAAGUGGCCGCUGAAUUAAACCCUGACGGUUCGGCUCAGCAGCAAUCAAAAGCCAUCAAUAAAGUGAGAAAGAAAGCUAGAAGGAUCCUGAAAGAAAUGGUUGCCACUGUCUCACCAGCAAUGAUCAGACUGACUGGAUGGGUGUUGCUAAAACUGUUCAACAGCUUCUUCUGGAACAUUCAGAUUCACAAGGGUCAGCUUGAGAUGGUUAAGGCUGCAACCGAGAUGAAUCUGCCCCUUAUAUUUCUCCCGGUUCAUCGAUCCCAUAUUGACUACUUGCUGCUCACCUUCAUUCUCUUCUGCCACAACAUCAAAGCCCCAUACAUUGCCUCUGGCAAUAAUCUCAACAUCCCCGUCUUCAGUACCUUGAUCCACAAGCUUGGGGGCUUCUUCAUCAGACGGAGGCUGGAUGAAACGCCAGACGGUCGGAAGGAUGUUCUCUAUAGAGCCCUGCUGCGUGGGCACGUGGUUGAACUGCUUCGACAGCAGCAGUCCUUGGAGAUUUUCCUGGAAGGCACACGCUCCAGGAGUGGAAAGACCUCCUGUGCCCGGGCAGGCCUUUUGUCCGUGGUGGUGGACACCGUGUGCACCAACACCAUCCCAGACAUCCUGGUGAUACCGGUCGGAAUCUCCUACGAUCGCAUCAUUGAAGGGCACUACAAUGGUGAACAGCUGGGGAAGCCUAAGAAGAACGAAAGCCUGUGGAGCAUAGCGAGGGGCGUCAUCAGAAUGUUGCGGAAAAACUACGGGUGUGUCCGAGUGGAUUUCGCACAGCCGUUUUCCCUGAAGGAAUAUUUAGAAAGCCAAAGUCAGAGACCUGUGUCCACCCCACUCUCUUUGGAACAAGCUUUGUUACCAGCUAUACUUCCUUCAAGAGAACAUUUCAGACCCAGCGACGCCGCUGACGAAGGUGCAGACACGUCCACUAACGAGUCCAGAAAUGCAGCCGAGGAGUCGCUCCGAAGGAGACUGAUCGCCAACCUGGCCGAGCACAUUCUUUUCACCGCGAGCAAGUCCUGCGCCAUCAUGUCGACGCACAUCGUAGCCUGCCUGCUCCUGUACCGACACCGACAGGGAAUUGAUCUCUCCACGUUGGUGGAGGACUUCUUUGUCAUGAAGGAGGAAGUCUUGGCUCGUGAUUUUGACCUGGGGUUCUCGGGAAAUUCAGAAGACGUGGUUAUACAUGCCAUCCAGCUGCUGGGAAAUUGCGUCACAAUCACCCACACCAGCCGGAACGAUGAGUUUUUUAUUACUCCCAGCACAACUAUCCCAUCAGUCUUUGAACUUAACUUCUACAGCAACGGGGUGCUGCAUGUCUUUAUCCUGGAGGCCAUCAUAGCCUGCAGCCUUUAUGCCAUGCAGAACAAGCGGGGUGCAGGCGGGCCUGCUGGCGGGUCCUCCAGCUUGAUCAGCCAGGAGCAGCUGGUGCGGAAGGCGGCCAGCCUGUGCUAUCUGCUGUCUAACGAAGGCACCAUCUCUCUUCCCUGCCAGACAUUUUACCAAAUUUGCCAUGAAGCAGUAGGCCGGUUUAUCCAGUACGGCAUCCUUAUAGUGGCAGAGCAAGACGAUCAGGAAGAUAUCAGCCCCGGUCUUGCUGAGCAGCAGUGGGACAAGAAGCUUCCUGAACGUUUGUCUUGGAGAAGCGAUGAAGAAGACGAAGACAGUGAUUUCGGUGAGGAGCAGCGAGAUUGCUACCUAAAGGUGAGCCAGUCCAAGGAGCACCAGCAGUUCAUCACCUUCUUGCAGAGGCUCCUGGGCCCUCUGCUGGAGGCCUACAGCUCUGCUGCCGUCUUCAUCCACAACUUCAGGGGCCCUGUUCCUGAGCCAGAGUACCUGCAAAAGCUGCACAAAUACCUCAUCACCAGGACGGAGAGGCACAUCGCUGUCUAUGCUGAGAGUGCCACGUACUGUCUCGUGAAGAACGCUCUGAAAAUGUUCAAGGAUCUUGGGGUUUUCAAAGAAACCAAACAAAAGCGAGUGUGUAUUUUAGAACUCAGCAGCACUUUUCUACCUCAGUGCAACCGGCAAAAACUCCUCGAAUAUCUGCUGAGUUUUGUGGUGCUGUAAGGAAGGUCAGCACCUCUGGCAGGCGAAAGGCGCGGAUGACCUGGCGUGGGCUUGGCCCUGCUGGAAAGUGGAAGGUACCGCCGUGUGGCCGGGCUGCCCUGUUGCGACGUGACCUCCUGGAAGACAAGUGCCUUCUCCCUCCAGGGAUCUGCGAGCCCCCCGGGCCCGAGACGGCACGGCAGCCUGCGGGCGGUGCUGCCCGGCCCUCAGCCUUCGCUUGCGAUUCCUAAUCAGUAGGUUGCAAAAUGAAAUCUCAGAAAUGAUUUUGGAGUUUAUGAAACGCUUAUGUUUUAAGUGUAACUGCUAAGGACUAAUUCCUGUGAAGGACAAAAAGACGCAGUUGUAUUCUGCACGGACUCUAGUGUGGUGGACUGGAUGCUGGUAGGGAAUUCACUGGUGUGUUCUCUCACUAACCGCUAAGCUCCCUUUAGAAAUAAUCAAGUCAUCCAUUUACCAUUUCCCCUCCCCAGUUUUAUCUCUGUCCACAGAAGGUACGUGUCACAGGGGAACACCCUCCAUCCCAGUGAGCUUCACGAAGGAUCGGGCCGGCCCGCUCCACACCCAGGUGUCGCGCUGGGCUGCCCUGGCAGCCGGGUUCAGAAAGUGUUUUAUAAACUACAUGAAAACCCAGUGUUUGAUUAGGUCAGGGACGGAGGUGACGUGAUGGACACCCAACACCAGGAAGUACGUUUGGCUGGCAAGAUUCAAGGUGCGCUUGGCCAGAAAACUGACGUGGAAAAAUUUUGCUCAUAUGAAAAAGUACCAUUGGGUUUUCUUCACUGACCAGCAAGUAUUUAGGAAUGACUGCUGUUUCAUGUCUAUUUCCUCUCCCACCCCUCUGGCGGUGCCUGCCUCUCACAGGUACAGCUGUUCCUUGGAGAUCCUCCAGCCAGGUGACGGCUGUCCUGACUCCGCCAGCUCGGCCUGAUAGGCUGCGGGCAGGAAGUGGGACUGGCGCCCACGCGAGGUGUGCAGGGUGCCACGUGGGCGGCACUGGCGGCCCUGCUGACUGGGGAGUCAUCAGAGGCAUUUACGGAUCUUCAGCUUUGAGGAAAAGUCACGGCCCUUUAAAAAUGUAGGGGGAUCAUAUGCGUCAACUCCGAUGCCACAUGGUGGUGGAUCGUUGUGAAAGCCUGUCUGUUCAUAGCAGGCAGGUGCCUUUUUGUGAGUGGGGAGCGUAAGUGUUAGCUAAGUGUGGUAAUUGUGCUUUUCUUAAAGAUCAUGUGGCAGCAAAACGUUUUCCAGCAGCUCACUGUUCCUUCUCUCCAUGGUAUUAUGGAACAAGGAACUUUUUCUAAUGAAUAUUGCUUCUGGUCUUUGAAUUUAAUAUAAAAGGACUGAGAAUUAAGUUUGUACUUUCAUAAGCUUGUAUUUUAAACACUAAUCGUAUUUCAUGAAUAUUCUGUAUAUGUGGGGAGAGCGCAGGACACUGAUUCUUCACUUUGUCUAAAAUAAUCUCCUUGGAAACUCGUAGCAAUAACAAGCCCUUGGUGGCCUCCCACCCCUCGGGGACCCCCCACUGGGGGUAUGUUCCUUCCUGAGGGGGACACGUGCACCAUGAAGCCACGGUUGUUGUUGUCAUGGCUCUGGUGUGGCGUGGGGUCUCCACCUUGUAGCAUUCAUUUCACUAAUUGGGGGUGCUGGAUUUGGGGAUGCACAGGGGGGCUUACCUGUCCCGUGUAUUAUCUAGGCCAGCAAACGUCUCACUAGUCUCUUUUAUUCAUCCCUGGAACGAAAGAUCCAGGAGUCCUUGGACUAGCUCUCGGCCCUCUGGGACGUCCGGGUUGGGACUGACUCCCUUGUGGACGCUGCUGCCCUGCUUGCGACUUCUGAAGGCCGCUGCCUGGCCAGGCUGAGCAGGGGGCAGCGGCUUCUUGGGCUGCAUCUCCCCUCACGGUUGGUUUGUUUUCUAGAACCCUAAUCAGAUGCUUUGAAGAAUGUGAACUGUGAUCCCCCAGCUCUCUCGCCACUCAACUCACUGUGAGACUAAAUAUGCAUGCUCUUUUGUAAUUAACUGGUGCUUUGAAAACCUUUUUUAAGGAAGAAAAAUCCCAACCAAAGGUACGCUCACCCAGACAAGCUGGCCCUGAGUGAAUGUUCCCACAACUCAUCCUCAGUGCCUCGUCACCGAGAACAUGCACGGCAUCGCAGUAAGGCUUCCAGGUAGCAGUUUUGCUUCAGAGGUUUAUUUUCAUUGUUUCCCAAAAGCGAAUGGCUUUCGUGUAAGAUUAAAUAAACAAAUUAGGUGCUUGUAAAUAAUGUAUUACAGUUUACUCUAUUGCAUUUCUCUAAAACCGAAAUGCAUGCCUUCUAGGGAAAGACUGAGUCAAGUUAAACAAACAAACAAACAAAAAACCCAAUAAUAAACAGUGGGAAACUGCACUCCUUCCAAAUGAGAAUGUCCCAAGUAACUCGGAAGAGGGGAAGGAAUUUUUUUGCUCUCUUAAAUUUGAAGGGAAACACAGGGGAGGAGCUAGUGUGGAAUCAUCCAGCCAGGAAAAGAAGUAACCGUGAGCCAGCCUUCUCAGAACAGGAAGUCUCUGGAAGCCCUGAAGGUGAAGGAUAAACUGCCUGGGGAAUCACAGUGAAUGUCAGCUGGGAGGUGGGAUUCCCCAUCCCCCUCCGAGGGCCAGUCAGGGGGGCUGCGGGUGGGGGGGUGGGGGGGGAAGCAAUGCCCGUGGUUCCCUGCGGUUCGAGUGCGCUGUGUGAGGUCCACAGCUGUUCUGUGGAAGAAAGUGUCACUGGUACCGCAAAUGUGGACUUGGAUCCUCUUCCCGAGACCCGCGCAGUGCGGCGCAGCGGGGCUCCGGUCCGCGAGGACUGCGCCUGUGCAGCCCAGCGUUUCCAAAGUGCCACCCAGGGCCUUUUCCGUGAACCCCUCACUAGGUUCCCUCGGGUAGGUGUGAAGGUGGCACUAAGGCCGGAUCCGCGUGAGUUUUGCACACGUGUUACAUUGGACGGCUGUGCGUUUCCUGCCCCCUGGGGACAGCGAGCACCCAAGAACUGCAGGACGGGGGUUCGAGCCUCUCCUUUGACUGGAAGGGCGGCCACCGGCCAUCCCGGUUCUUUCACUAAAAGUAGCAAAAUUAACACAGAGAUUAACUGGGGCAAGUGAUUAAGAUUUUUAUUCCGACUUAGAAAAAAAUAUUGCACAAUUGAAUGUACAAUAGAUUUUUAUCGACAGAUGGUUCUAGUGUUCAGCAGCGAUGACCUAUUACUGAAGUUUAUAAGACUUCAUUUGGAAUGUACAUCUGUUUUUUAAAACACUCUUUUUAGGAACUCGAGACUUGGCAGCUGGCAUUUGAGUUUAAUACAAACUAAUGACUGCAUUUUGACUUUAUUUCUAAACCUGUAAAUCCCAGAAAUGCCUUGAUGGAAGGUGUUAAACUAUUUGCCUGUUGCACAGAGAAACAUUCAAACUGUGUGAAAACUUGCUUUUGCCUGAAAUAACAUGGCGUAAUUUUGUGAGCAGCACUUAUUUGGAAACCUUGAUCGAUUUUUAUGCCUGUUCAUGUAUUGUAAAGAGCACAGAAUUGUAGUUUUAUUUUAAUAAACCAAGAAAGUGAAUAUA